AUGUUUACAGGUAUAGUAGAACACAUUGGUACAAUCGAAUCAUAUAUUGCUAUGGAUACCACAAAAUCUGGUGGUGAAGGAGUUUCUAUAACAAUUAAAGAUGCCUCUUCGAUUCUCACGGAUUGUCAUAUUGGUGAUUCAAUUGCUGUUAACGGUAUAUGUUUAACUGUUACAGAAUUUGAUAAGGACUCAUUUAAAGUCGGCAUUUCCCCAGAAACUAUUAAACGUACUAACGUACAAGACUGGACAAAAGGUAGAAAGGUUAAUUUAGAAAGGGCAGUAUCACAAGAUGUUAGAUUUGGAGGUCAUUAUGUUCAAGGCCAUGUAGAUACCGUAGCUAAUAUUAUUAGCAGGGAAAAUGAGGAUAACUCUAUUAUUUUUGGCUUCAAGUUAAGGGACAAAGAAUAUAUGAAAUACAUUGUAGAGAAAGGCUUUAUUUGCGUUGAUGGUACAAGUUUAACUGUUAUCAAAGUAGAUAAUGUUGAAAAAUCUUUCUAUAUUUCGAUGAUUAAGCAUACUCAAGAUAAUGUGGUAAUGCCAUUAAAACAACUGAAUGAUUUAGUUAAUAUAGAAGUGGAUUUAUUUGGUAAAAUUAUUGAGAAACAGAUCGAAAUUACUUUAGAAGAUCAAAUAGAAAAUAAAAAUAGUCCUUUAUAUAAUCUAUUGGAAAGUUUGAUCGAAAAGAAGGUUGAAGAAGUAGUUUCUCGUAAGAAGUAA